AUGGCUCCACGUGCUAUGAUUCAAGCAGCUUUCCUAGGACUCCUAGUUGUGUCCACAGCAUUUGCUGAAAAACUUGACACACUCACUAGCACUGAGAAAACAGACUCCCUCGCUGUGAAAGGUGCAUUCGCGUCUGCUUCUGAGAAGGCCAACUUCCCUUUCGCUAACCCAGCUGGAUUCGCAUUCGGAGCCAAGAGCUUUGGACCAUCAACCCCAGCUCCAUUCGCAUUCGACAGCUCGUUCUCAACGACCGCUGCACCGUUCAAGUCCGUUUCUUACAGCUCUACACCAGCUCCGUUCGCGUUCGGCAACUCUUUCGGAAACUCUUUCGGCAACUCCUUCGGCAACUCUUUUGCGCCGAAUGCCUACUCCAACGCUGCCGCAGCUCAGUCCUUCGACGCUGCUUCGUUCGUUGGAUCAUCCACACCAGCUCCAUUCUACGAUGGCUCUUUCGGUUCAUCUACCCCAGCAGCUUUAAUCGGAUCAUCGACUCCAGCACCUUUCGUGUCUGGCGCCGCCGUCUCCGGUGCUGCAUUAUCCGACGCGAGCUUUGGGUAUUCUUCCACCCCCUCAGUUUUAGUGGGCGGAGCUUCACCAGUUGUGUCAUCCACCCCAGAACCAGUCCUUCUGAACAGAUCACCAGCUUUCUCUACGUCAUACGGUUCAUACUACUCGGGAGCUUAUGCUCCGUCAUACUCUCAAGGCGCAAUCGUCAAGUCUGACGCCAUUAGCCAUGAUGCAGUUGAAGUACCAGCAGUAGCUAACGCCCCUACACCUCAUCACGAAGUUACCAUCACUAAAGAAGUUCCGGUUCCAUACUACGUCCAAGUUGAAAAGAGAGUUCCAUACCCUGUGUUGGUCCGCAUUCCACACCCAUACCCAGUUACAGUAGAAAAACAUGUGCCAUACGCCGUUAAAGUCAAUGUGGACCGUCCAAUUCACGUUCCCCAACCAUACCCAGUAGAAAUCGAAAAGAGAGUACCGUACCCAGUUGAAAAGCCCGUGCCUUAUGAAGUCAAGGUUCCGGUCGACAGACCAUACGCAGUCCAUGUUCCAUUCGAGAAACCCGUGCCAUACGCAGUUGAGAAGCCAGUGCCGUACCCAGUGCGAGUAAAUGUUGACAGGCCAUACCCCGUAGAAAAGCCAGUACCAUACCCAUACCCCGUCGAAAAACCAGUUCCAUACCCAGUGGAGAAGGCCGUGCCAUACCCAGUAGAAAAAUUGGUGCCAUACGCAGUUGAAAAGAAGGUUCCAUACCCAGUCAGGUACGAUGUACCAGUCAAAGUACCAGUUCCAGUGGAAGUCAGAGUACCAGUGUCUGUGGACAGACCAGUGCCAUAUCCAGUAGAAAAGAAGGUUCCAUACCCAGUCCAAGUUCCAGUUGAAGUCAAGGUCCCAGUUCCAGUUGCAGCCCCAGCUCAACGUUUCGCUACAGUGCACUACUACCAACAAUCUCCCGUUGGUUUGGGAUACGAAUCCAGUCAAGCUUUUGCUGGCCAAUCCGGUUACAAAGCUUUUGCUGCACAAUCUAACGACGGUGUACCAAACUUCUACUACAACACACCCUCCAACGCCGUUAUUCUUAACAACCAAAACUUGAAAACACCCGAACAGUUGGCUUUGACCGGCACCAAAUUCUCGUACGGUACAUCUGGUUCGGCUCCAGCUUUUGACAGUGCAUCCGCAUAUGCAGGAUUUGCUUCAGGAAGUGCUUCUGGAUUCGCUCCAGCCUCUGGAAGUUCAUUCUACAGCUCUACUCCAGCUACCGGAAGUGCUUUCUACAGCUCUACAGCUAGCCCAAUCAGCUCAUACAGCUCGACUGGCAGUUCAUCUGGACUCUUCGGCUCAAACUUUGCCCAAGACGGUUUCAGUAGCACAUCAGCUCCAUUCGGAUUUGGCCAACAAUCUUUCUUCGGAUCAUCAACACCUGCUCCGUUCAACUCUUUCUCCGCUGGCUCAGUUGAUUCGUCAUCUCUAUUCAAGUCAUCCAACUUCGGAUCCGCCGGACAAGAAGCAGUUGCCAUUGGAGGUACAUCCGCCAAGGUCCAAGAAAAGGUAGAGUCAAAAACUGAAGACUCAAAUGUUGUAAAGAAAUAG